GGGGCGGCUCGACGAUGGCGGCGGCGCGCCGGGCGCUCGCCCCCUGAGCAGAGCCGCUCAGCGGAAGGAUGGCCUCGCUCGGGUCAGCCGCGGCGGGGGAGCCGGCGGCCGGGGCCGAGGCGGAGCUGGGUCCUCCGGCCCCGCCGCCGCCCCCGCCUCCGCCGCCGCCGCCCGCUCCGUCGCCGUCGGCCCUCGGGCCGCUGCUGCCGCUGCAGCGGGAGCCGCUGUACAACUGGCAGGCCACCAAGGCGUCGCUCAAGGAGCGCUUCGCCUUCCUCUUCAACUCGGAGCUGCUGAGCGAUGUGCGGUUCGUGCUCGGCAAGGGCCGCGGCGGCGCGGCCGCCGGGGGCCCGCAGCGCAUCCCCGCCCACCGCUUCGUGCUGGCGGCGGGCAGCGCGGUCUUCGACGCCAUGUUCAACGGCGGCAUGGCCACGACGUCGGCCGAGAUCGAGCUGCCGGACGUGGAGCCCGCCGCCUUCCUGGCGCUGCUGAGGUUUUUGUAUUCAGAUGAAGUUCAAAUUGGUCCAGAAACCGUUAUGACCACUCUUUAUACUGCUAAGAAAUAUGCAGUCCCUGCACUGGAAGCACAUUGUGUAGAGUUUCUCACCAAACAUCUUAGGGCAGAUAAUGCCUUUAUGUUGCUUACACAGGCGCGGCUAUUCGAUGAACCUCAGCUGGCUAGUCUUUGUCUAGACACGAUAGACAAAAGCACGAUGGAUGCCAUAAGCGCAGAAGGGUUUACUGAUAUUGACAUAGAUACACUCUGUGCAGUUCUAGAAAGAGACACACUGAGUAUCCGAGAAAGUCGACUUUUUGGAGCUAUUGUGCGUUGGGCAGAAGCAGAAUGUCAGAGACAACAAUUGCCUGUGACAUUUGGGAACAAACAGAAAGUUCUAGGAAAAGCACUUUCCUUAAUCCGGUUCCCACUGAUGACAAUUGAGGAAUUUGCAGCAGGUCCUGCUCAAUCUGGAAUUUUGUCAGAUCGUGAAGUGGUAAACCUCUUUCUUCAUUUUACCGUCAAUCCUAAACCCCGAGUAGAAUACAUUGAUCGACCACGAUGUUGCCUCAGAGGAAAGGAAUGCUGCAUCAAUAGAUUCCAGCAAGUAGAGAGCCGCUGGGGUUAUAGUGGAACGAGUGAUCGAAUCAGGUUCACAGUUAACAGAAGAAUCUCUGUGGUUGGAUUUGGUUUGUACGGAUCUAUUCAUGGGCCCACGGAUUAUCAAGUGAAUAUACAGAUCAUUGAAUAUGAGAAAAAACAAACCCUGGGACAAAAUGAUACUGGAUUUAGUUGUGAUGGAACUGCUAACACAUUCAGGGUCAUGUUCAAAGAACCUAUAGAGAUCCUGCCCAAUGUGUGCUACACAGCAUGCGCGACACUCAAGGGUCCAGAUUCUCACUAUGGCACAAAAGGACUGAAGAAAGUGGUACAUGAGACUCCUGCUGCAAGCAAGACUGUUUUUUUAUUUUUCAGUUCCCCUGGCAAUAAUAAUGGCACUUCAAUAGAAGAUGGACAAAUACCAGAAAUAAUAUUUUAUACAUAAUCUAGUGUUAACAGCCAUUCAGUCUAAUCUCAAAAGCAUAAACAACUGGCCACAAAUAGUUUGAGUGUCAUGAGUAUUUAUAAUUGCAGAAUAAGAAACAUUUUAGUUUCUUAGGAGAAGUAAAGAUAAUUUAAAUCUCUGCAUGAUUUAAAGGCAGACUUUCCAUUUUCUUGCAACCCUCAAAGCAAAGAGAAGCAGGUUUGCGUGAAAAUUGCAGUCUUUCCUGCUUCAUCUUGUGUGACUUCAUAGGUCAGCUGACCAUCCUCUUUCGCUAGUUUGGGAAUUGAAAGAUUCUUUUCACAAAGAGCAUAUGUGGGUGUUUGGGUUUUUUUUUUUUUAAUUUUUUAAAUAUUUUGGAAGUUAGAUGAGAUGGGUCAGUAUUCCUACAGAAUUCUUUUUAACUCCAAUAACUACUUUCAGAAAAUUACGAAAACUGACUUUAUAUUAUAUUUGGGGUUUUGAAAUACCUGGUUGUUAGCAUUUGGAAUAAUGCUAAAAGUAAGUCUAAAAAACAUUCAAGGAUUUCAGUGCAUUUACAGAAAAGGUAUUUUGUAAUAGUAUAGUAGUGUGUUACAUAGUACUCUUUUAAAGCUGUAAGUGGACUUUGUAUAAAUUCACAAUAAUGUGAUAUAAACAAAUCUAAAGGGGUGACCUAAGAUGGAUUCUUUAUCCCUCCCAUCCUGCUAUGCCUGUCAUGGGUGCUGCCAGUAAUCCCAGAUGGUUGAGAUGUGACAGAUGCCAACAGCUGCCACUUCAGCACUGUAAUAACCUUACACAGCAAGGAGGGGAUGAGAAGCCUAGAUUCCUAACAACUGCUUGACAUCAUAAAGUCACUCCUGCUGAAAAGAAGGAAGCUUUUUGUCACCUCUAAGUUCUAGCCAAGAAGUAAAAAUGCUUGAUAUUCGUGACCUCGUUGAUGUGACCAGCAUAUCUAUAGUAAGAAUGGAUCAAAAGGAUACCUGGCAGUGUGACAUUUCUACAUUUUUAUAUAAAGCAGAUUUUUUUAAAACACAAGUGAGAUGACAUUUUCCCUCUGAAAAUGAUUAUCUUACAAAAAAUAAACCUUUAUAAUUAAGUUUAAGGUGUAUCAGUCAUCAGUUGUGGAAAAUUAUUAAAAAUAAUUCUGAAGUAUCAACUUAAGAAUUUUUUCUAAAUAGGAUAUAAAAGUUUUCAUCAAAAGUGAUAUUUUGUAUUUUCAAGAGGGCAGGGAGGUGAUGUGUUAGUGGCCAGGGUCUCUUGAAGUUGUUCAAGAAAGGGAAGUGUUUUCUGUCUGCUCUGGUACCAUGAUCCUAAGGGCAUAAGCCUCAGUGAGCUGGAAUACCCAUGGAAUGUGUGGUUCUGCUUAACUGAACAUUAGCAAAGACUCUAGUGACCAUUGGGGAGGUACUUCUUCCUUACCAAGUAUUGCAUGCCAGAGGUAAGUUAGUGCUCUUUGACAUUUGGGACAUUCACAUACCUUGUGUUUUACUAAGCAGCUGUAACUGAAUGUAGUUAAUGGAAGGUACAAGAAAUAGAACCACUCACUGACAUUGGGACAUCACCAGGAAUUUUAAAAAUAAAUUUAUCCUUUUUGUUUACCUA